AUGAUGGUGUUGCCAAUCAGACCAACCAAACUUCAGUGUAUUCUCGUGUACCGACUAGCAGAGGAGGGAAACCAUGGCGAAAGAGAGUUGCUUCUUUUGGCCGGUAUCCACACCCACAACAACGAUGAUUUGACCAAGAUUAGCGCGAGAGUGAUUCGCAACGGGCCGCCAAACAUCCCAGGCAACCAAGAAGUAGUGGGAGGCAUCAAAACCCGACGGUCGGGACUGUAUCAGUUUGUGUACUGCGCUGAUUCUGAUGCCAUCUGCUUUUGCGUGGUGACAGGUCUUGGAUAUCACGAUCGCGUGGCGAUGAUGUGUGUGGGAGAAAUUUCAAGGCAAUUCCAUCAAACAUGUGGGGGACUAGCUGUGGAUGUCGCGGCAGCGAAUUCGUUGAGUGGGGCCUGCAAGACCCCAUUCGAAUCUCUCUUUGCAAAAUUUGAAGACUCACGUCGAAUUGUGAACAAGAGCACGAGGGCAGCUCAUAAAGGAGGUCAUGAACCUGGAAAAGGUGAACAGAAUGACGAGUUGACACAGUGGUUGUCAGCGUUAAAGAAGAAGAAGAAAGCUGAAGGAAAGCCGAAGCGCGUUCGAUUUGCGCCUCCGAUUGUCGGUAAUGAUUAUUCCAAAGAAGCGCAAUCAAGGCCAUCGGGCGGGUGCUUCGAGAAUGUGUCUGCAGGAGAGAUUUUCAUCUCAGCACUUCUCCUGGGGCAGCCAGGACUGGCAUUGCCUUCUAAUGCCAUUACCGCCAGGAAUGCUGUGAGAAGCCGUGGUGGUGAUGGGUCCAACGUUGAAUCAAAAGCAAACAUUGUACCGCCAUUGGAUAGUCCAGAAAAUGAUAGCAACAACAACGCUGUUGGAUAUUCAACCCUCCAUUGUUCUGGAGAAGAAGUGGAGCCCACCCUUGUUCUGGGGGAAAUGGAAACUCGGUCCUUUGGAUCGAGCAGCAGCAACGGCGGCUUUGUUGAUUUUGUGCCUUUUGAAAGCUUCCCCACCCUCUUCCCUUAUGAUGUGCCAACUGGUAUGACCUUUUGCGGAUGCAGUCCGACUACUUCAGGGGCGAGCACAAUCAAGAGUGAGGCCCAGGAAACGGAUCCCGAUAGCAUCUGUGAGUCGGCUCAACAGCCUGAGGAACCUCGCCAAUCGGUCUCCGCCGAACCGAGCUUCCUCCUAAAAAUGACGGCGCGACUGCUCGCAACAGAGAAUCAACUGAGAGAGGGAGCAUGUGAAAACUGGGAGGGAGAAUGCGAUGGACUUGAUAGUUACGGAAACGAUACUGGGUUGUCCUCGCGCAAGGGCGCUUUGCCUAAACCCACACAACACGGGAGCGAGGUACGAUUGGUUGGGUACAGCAUGGAGGAUGUAGUCAAGCAGCUUCAAGAGCUGGAACGAGAGAAUGAAGAACAAGGUGACUUCGCGAAUGACUGGAAAUGCCUCCAACCACCGCGAAAGCGACAUGACAAGAAACCAACCCCCCCACAAAUGAGGCAACCUUUUGCCAUUCCAGACUUCAUCACUAUCUAG